AUGUUCAAUACGAGAUGUGAAAAUGUAAAAGGUACUACCUUGAACUAUUUCUUGGAUAAUCGGAUCAACAGGGCUGAAAUUCUUUUCCCUGGAGUGGCAUGCUUCCUUGUUGCAGUUUGCCUUGGUUCCGCUGUUCAUUACUACAAUGCAGCUGAUAAUGCAAAGAAACUCCAAGGCUUGCAAAAUAAUAACAAAGCAGAAGCAAGGGAAUCAGAGAAACCUAGUUAUUUAGAAACAGUGUCGUAUCAAGAUUGCACUAUGGACUCAGAAAAUGGAAAUGAUAGGGUGGACAAAGCAAGAGUUGGAUCAGCAAACUAUAUUAUCGAGCUUGAGGAAACUAGAGCGAUUAAGGUGUUUGGAAAGAGUAUCUGGUUAGGAUUGAGCAUAACAUUAUUUGCUGGAGUGUCUUACUCUCUCUUCUCACCUGCGUUUAACUUGGCAACAAAUGAUCAAUGGCAUGUGAUGAGAAUGGGUGUUCCGCACUUGGUUUUCUAUGCUGCAUUCUUCUACUUCUCCCUCUUGUUUUUCAUUAUGGCAGUAAUCCUUAACGUUAUAUUUCUUUAUCGCCCUGUUCUCAACUUGCCUAAAUCCUCCAUAAAAGGAUAUUUGAAAGACUGGAAUGGAAGAAACUUGGCGUUUUUGGCUGAUCUGUUGUGUGGCAUAGGCAAUGGCCUACAAUUCAUGGGAGGCCAAGCUGCGGGUUAUGCAGCAGCUGACUGUGUUCAGGCUCUUCCCCUUGUGAGCACAUUUUGGGCUGUACUGUUCUUUGGAGAGUACCCGAGGUCGUCGAAAAGGACAUAUGCAUUGUUAGUUAGCGUGUUGUUCAUGUUUAUGGUGGCUGUAGCUGUUCUUGUUGCAUCCUCUGGGCAGCGAAAAACUUGA